AUGGAGAACCAUUCGGAAACGUUAGACAGCAGUCCUGUGGUACGGCGAUAUGUAAACGGCCGUCGUUACAAUGCAAAUUUGAUAUAUGAAAAUGUAUCGGAUCAUGAUUUGCAACAACAAAAUGGAUUACAAUAUCAACAAAGUUCACAAGCUACAAUUGUAGGAAAGAGACGUGAAGAACAUAGACCAUGUUGUAGAAGACAUCGGCAUUACAAAUUGCAACGUCUCGCAUCACAGUCCAUAGAUUUCCUAGAUCUAGCAUCAUUAACAGGAGAAAAUGCAACGGGAAUAUUCCUCAAUUCAAACGCAGUGAGAGGAAGGGGAUCACCAUUGUUGAGCGCCACAUCAAUAUCACCGUUCUCACACUCAACUUCAGAAGCUACAGCACAGGCUGAAGGAUCUGAUCAUGCAAACAAUGCUCCAGAAUUCAAUCUUAAUCAGGCUAACGGCUUGACAGAUACACAAACACUGAGGGCGUCAACAUUGGAAUACGAUUGCGUUACAGCUUUGGUAGAACGUUGCGGAAGAAGAACAUUCUCAAGUGUAUUAACACAUACAAUAUACAGCAAUGAAAAUAUAGCAAGCAUUGAUCAAGAGACGUCGUCAAACGCAUCGAAACAUCGAAAUGUUUACAGACCGUCCUCAUUAGGCACAGUACACUCAUCGUCUUCACUAUUAUCUAAUGGAUUAGAUGUUGUUGUGGAUGGAUCAAACCUAUCUGAAUCGGGAUAUGUAGAAUCAGAUUGUGAAGAAUAUUGUUUCACAGAAAGAGGAGAACAUUCACAACAGCUGGCAGUAUCAAAUGAAAACACUUCACAGCAAACAGAAGCAAAUAUGUUGCUAGAUAUAUCAACUGUAAUAGAUGCAAAUGAAAAGAUAACGCCGGCAUCAAGUAACAACUAUACAUACUCUCCUGAAGCACAGUUCGGUGUAUUGAGGUUGUUCUUCCAACCAGAUUGCAAUGCGACUCGACAAGUGGAACACACUUCGGUCCCUUCAAGAGUUGUCAUUAACAAGUCACCCUUCUUAAUAGGUGCCGAUGCAGAGUGUGACCUAGUAUUUGAUAAUACAAAGUAUAAACAGAUAUAUGGUCGCCACUGCAAAAUUGUUUUUUCGAAUUGUGAUACUGGUGAAACAGACUUGAAAUCACUCGGAAUAUGUGCAUACGAGGUCGAAAUUGCGAAGAUUAACCCUGAAGCUACCAUAUUCGUUAACAACGUACCAGUACGAUGUCGAGGAAAAUUACGUAAUGGUGAUGUAUUGGCUUUUGGACCAAGAAAGGUUGCACUCUCAUUUACAGUCGCUUUCAGAACAAGAGACGCAUGCCUAGCCCUCAUUAAUCAACUCAAUUCACUCAUGUUAACACCAUCAUCGGAUUCUGUACAACGAAGGAUCAGGGAUAGGUCGCCAGCAGCCGGAGAUUCAAUAUUUUCACCAUCAACCAAUGUUGAACGCGCUAACAGAGAUGUCGAUCUGGAAUGUAACGUGUCGGUAGCAGUGUUCGAACAGUACUAUGGUGAUGCGUCGAUUAUAGGUGGUUUGUCGCAGGAUUGUGACGAAACGCCAUGUGCAGGAUCUCAGUCAACCGCUUGGAGUGUACCGCAAACACCCUCAGCCAUUAUCGGUUUUACAGAUAUACUAAGCGGAGAUACACCACAACGCCACUCUUAUACUAAUAAUACAAAAUCGCAAUUAUCACAAGGACCUACAAGAAGCCCUAUUAACCUCAUGUCCACUAAUCAUAAUGAAGUAUUUUCACAGGAAAGUGACCCCAAGACACCAUGCCAACUGUUACGUGUCGAUCUGGAAUCAUGCAAUAUAACCAAUAACAAUUCUAUAUCGAGACAUUACCAGGAUGAUGAAUCCCUAAGCGGGCAGCUACUAUUAAGUGCGUACACUACAGGUUGGAAAUCAGCAGACGAAAUGGAUCAGAAAUAUGGUAAAAACGGAGAAACAAAACAUGAUGACGCAAUGUCAAGAGUUAAAGCUGCUAAAGUUGCAAAAUUAAGAUCACUUAAUAGGUCGUCGGUACCAAUUGUCGUAGAUUCGUCGCGCUCCUUCAGCUCAGAAGAAGAUAACCCGUGUAUCACAGUAGCAAAACUACGCUUUCUAGGGAUAGUAAAUGCUACUUACCAGACAACUCUAGAAGACCUACUGCCUUCAAUAGACGGUUUACUAAGGAUUUACAAAGAUCAAAGCCCUAAUUCAAGACGUAGUGUACUCUCGGAUUAUGAAUUGCUAUUGAAACGUAGUGGUGAUCCACUUUCUGAGGAUGCGUGUAAGUAUAACUGGGUAUUCCAACUAGAUUUCUUCGAUCGUGAUGACCCACUCUUCCGUAGAGCCAUCUAUAGCUCACACAGAUGUGUUGAGUCAGACAGGGAACGUUUGAGAAACGCAGUUUCAUCCACCAUCGAACAAUUGAAUCGUUCACGAGUAUUGUAUAUUCAAACACGGGACGUUGCCGAGCAAAUAGGGGCCAUGACACUCCGCGAAGUGUCAACAUCAAGCAGAGACUGGUUUAUCGUGGCCCAUGGGAAAAUAACACAGCUCUAUAGGUUCUCUCCACGUGGCGGAUCAUCAUCACCUGAUGAUGAAUGCGUAAUGCUUUGGGAAGAAAACGAUAUAGCGUUUUGUUGCCCGAGUAACGAUGGGCACAAGGUUUGCAUUCAUCGUAAUGGAUCUGCUUCUUUAGAGCUGUUUAAUUUGCUCGCACGUUCACCUAUCACAACAAUAGACUUGCCGUCAGGAUGUCCAUUAUCAGCAGCGUUAUUCAGUCCCAAGGACCAUUACCUAGUGGUACAUACGGCCUGGUCGGAGGAAAAUGAUAACAACUUGGUUAUAUAUCGACUAAAUGGGGACAAGGCAACACCUGUGUUUUCCACUCAAUACAGCAAAUCGUAUGCCGUAAAACGAUAUCCGGUUUGGACACCAUGUGAAAAAUAUUGCGCCCUCAGGGUGAACAAUGAUAUCCUUGUAUGGCAGGAUGGAGAUUUCUCCGCCGAAGGAUCUGUCGGCAAAAUUUCAUUCAGCGCUGACGCUGAAACCGCGAAGCCAUUCCCCACCAACGCAAUACUGUCAAUUUCGCCAGUGAGCAAAAAUGGAGCUUGCUAUUUAGCAAUAUUCUCUCCAAAUUACCAAAAGUUCGCAAACGGACUGGUGAAAAUUUUUAACGUCACAGAUGUCACCAAACCGGUGUACGAACGCCUCUUCACCGCAGCGGAGGAGGGCGAAUUUUUUUGGAGUAACCGUGGUAAUACAGCGAUCCUAAGGACGUUCACUAACAACGUUAAAGGGUUAUCAUCGUACUACGGUGGAAAUGGACUAUACCUGUUACAACCUGGUAAAGGAAAACAUAGAACGGUAAUGGAACCAACGGAGGGCCAGGCACAUGACAUCUCCUGGUCACGAUUAUCAAACGACGUACUGAUCGUCAAGGGUACAAGACCAGCAGAGUUAGAUAUGUACGAUGGGACUAAUGGAAACAAACUAUUGACUUUCGGAAGAAACAACCGUAACACUAUUAGAAGGGAUCCAUUCGAUCGUCUCGUGCUGGUCGGUGGGUUUGGGAACUUGAGCGGUGAAAUUGACAUAUGGGACUUGAAGAAUAGAAGAAUAAUCGCACAAAGUAAAUCCGAAUGUGCGGUGUUUUGUGAUUUCGCACCAGAUGGACGAUACUUCGUUACCGCUACGACGCAACCAAGGAUGCGAGUUAACAACUGCUUCAAGGUAUAUAGUUAUAGCGGCAAAUUGAUCAAACAAGUGGAUUUCGACGAACUAUACCUUGUAUACCUGUGCGCUCCGGGAAGCAAUUUCACGGAACGCGAUCCUUCACCAGGAGCAUGCACUGUGGAAGCUACUGUAAAAAAAUCGGUUUACCGACCGCCAGGUUACAGAAGUGAUGGACCAGCGGCAACACUCGCACGAGUCGAUGUGCAAACAAUGGUCGCCACACCUGUCACACGCAAGGCCGCAUCGGUCCCCAAAGGACCACCCGGAGCUGAUCUAACCUUGCUAAAUGCAGCGGCAAAGGUUUGUCGGAAGAAAAAAACACAGCCACAUAGCGAGAACAAAUGA